UUGGCUGCUGUAGCUCUUGAACUUUGUACUACUGACCUCAUUGAGAUGGCCGUUCCGUUUUGUCUAGUUUCUCCGUGGCGGUUUGUCAGAUCUGCCAGACUGGUACAUGCUUUCCGGAUCCCUGCCCUCCAGCUGCACACCACUGGGUCGGCGAUGGGGGCAACAGUAGAGGAUUUCAACCAUGCCAAGGCCCAGCUCGGCACGCUAAAAAAGGACCCGGGCAAUGAGAUCAAACUCAAGAUCUACGCCCUCUUCAAACAGGCGACGCAGGGACCCUGUAACACCCCCAAGCCGGGCAUGCUGGACUUUGUCAACAAGGCCAAGUGGGAUGCAUGGAAGUCUCUGGGUGAUGUGUCACAGGACGAGGCCAGACAACAGUAUGUGGACUUGAUAUCUUCCCUGGUGGCUGCCGAAGGGCCUGCCAAGGUUGCAGCGGAGCCUGCUGGGAGCACCGCCGCCGCCGCCUUCGAGACGCUGCUGGUCACCACGGAGGACAACAUCACCACUAUCCGCCUUAACAGGCCGCAGAAGAAGAACGCCAUCACAAUACAAAUGUACAAUGAAAUUAUUAAGGCUCUGGAGCUUGCAGGGAAAGACGACUCAGUCAUCACCGUACUCACAGGCAGUGGAGAUUUCUACUCCAGUGGCAAUGAUUUGAACAACUUCACAAAAAUUCCAGAGGGCGGGAUUGAGCAAAUGGCCAAAGACUCAGGAGAGUUGCUUAGGGGGUUUGUGAAAGCCUUCAUCGACUUCCCCAAGCCCUUGAUUGCCGUGAUCAAUGGGCCAGCUGUCGGGGUGUCUGUUACGCUGCUUGGGCUCUUCGAUGUGGUGUAUGCAACUGAGAAGGCGACGUUCCACACCCCGUUCAGCCAGCUGGGACAGAGUCCAGAGGGCUGCUCCUCAUACACCUUUCCCAAAAUGAUGGGCGUGGCAAAGGCCAGUGAGAUGCUGCUCUUCAAUAAGAAGCUGACGGCCACCGAGGCGUGCCAGCGGGGCCUGGUCACCGAGGUCUUCCCCGACAGCAGCUUCCAGACGGAGGUGUGGACGAGGCUGAAGGCCUACGCCCAGCUGCCCAGGAAUUCUCUGGCGCUGUCUAAACAGCUGGUGCGCGUGGUGGAGAAAGAACGCCUCCACGCGGUCAACGACCAGGAGGUGGAGCGGCUCGUGGAGCGCUGGCUUUCGGACGAGUGCAUGAACGCCAUCAUGAGUUUCUUCCAGGCCAAGGCCCGGCUGUGAGGCCCCGCCCGGGCCGGGCCCGAGGACCUGCUUCCUGGGGCUCCACACCCUCCCCCACCCUCCAGCCAGACAGUGCAGUGUCUGUGCCCAUCCAGAGUGCUAACCUACAGAGAGCCUGCCUUCUAAUACUGCAGUGUAAAUUUCAGAGUAUUUCAUAGUCUCAGAACUCUGAAAAGGUUUAGAAAUGGUGGUUUUUUAAUAUUUGAAGAACUCACAGGACUUAUUUCUGCGAUUCACGCAGAUUUUGCCAGUACGUAGGGAAUUGGGGUUAAUGUUAAUGUUGUGUGGGGUGAUUUGCUUCAAAGCACAGAACCACUCAAGCCUUCAGCAAGACUUCUGAUGUGUUUAACAUGAAGAUGAUCAGUGCCUUUCUCAUGUAGUAUCUAUGUUAUUCCAGAGCUGGGCAUACCGCUUUGACUGCAUGGACUGUUGGUGUGGGGGUCCCACCUCACAGUUAGUGGGAACUGAUUUCUGUCUUUUGUUUUAAUAAGUCUGACUAUUCCUUUUAUGUCUUGCCUUGCUGUGUUGUUAACAGAUUUCUACCUUAUGUACAUGAUGUACUCAUAGGUUGUUCACUCAAGGCUGCAUCAUCAUAAAUGCACUGGUAAUUAUGCAUUGAGGAUCGGUAGGAGCGUUGUGUGUUUGUUCAGUUAUGUCAGUGGAUCAGUCCAUUCAGUGGCUUUAUCACACGUCCUGAAAUAAAGCAAUGCACUAAAGAACGUUUAAUAACCCAUGUUAAUUCCAAUUUCAGUAUCAUCAUUAGUAAAUGGCAGUCUUGUCUGUCACCUGAAUAAAGAUAUCAAGUAUAAUGUCAGCUAUGUGUUCUAUGAACAAAGGUACUGUAUCGGAUCUCUUAUUUCUUUUCCAUGACUGGAUGAAUGUUUCACAUACUGCCAGUUGCAGUAAGGCCAGUUGUUUUAUGUAAUUACUCAGUAACACUGCGUGAAAAUAAUAUUUCUACAUUUUGUUUUAAAAAGAAGAUUUCAGG